CUCGAGGAGAAGAAGGUCCACCCGCUCGUGAAGCUCGCCUACAACUUCGUCAGCCCCAUGGCGCUCAUGAUCUGGGCGGCCAUCGUCAUCGAGGGCAUCAUGCUCGACUGGGCCGACGUCGGCGUGCUCCUCGCGCUGCAGAUUCUGAACGCGGUCGUCGGGUGGUACGAGGAUCUCAAGGCCGGCGACGCCGUCGCGGCGCUCAAGGCGUCCCUCAAGGCCCACGCGUCCGUGAAGCGCGGCGGCACGUACAAGACCAUCGACGGCGCCGAGGUCGUCGUCGGCGACGUCGUCGUGCUCCACGCGGGCGGCGCGGUCCCGGCCGACUGCCGCCUCGCGCCGGGCGCCAAGGAGCUCGAGAUCGACCAGGCGGCGCUCACGGGCGAGUCCAUGCCCGUGAAGAUGGGCCCGGGCUGCGAGCCGAAGAUGGGCUCGAACUGCGUCCGCGGCGAGGCCGAGGCCGUCGUCGUCGCGACGGGGUCGCAGACGUUCUUCGGCAAGACCGCGUCCAUGAUCAACAAGGUCCAGCAGACUUCCCACUUCGACGAUGUCAUCAUGGCCAUCACGCGGUCCAUGCUCCUGGCGUCGUCCGUGCUCGUCGCCAUCUCGCUCGUCGUCUUGGUGUGCAGCGGCGAGUCGUGGCUGGAAGCGCUGGCCUUCGCCGUCGUGCUGCUCGUGGCGUCCAUCCCCAUCGCCCUGCCCGUCGUGUCCGUGACGACCAUGGCCCUGGGCUCGCGGAGCCUGGCGCGCAAGGAGGCCAUCGUGACGCGGCUGUCGUCCAUCGAGGAGGUCGCGGGCAUGAACGUGCUCUGCAGCGACAAGACGGGCACGCUCACGCUGAACAAGAUGGUGCUCCAGGACGAGCUGCCCAUCUUUACGCCGGGCUACGGCAAGCGCGACGUCCUCGUCCACGCGGCCCUCGCGGCCAAGUGGCGCGAGCCGCCGAAGGACGCGCUCGACACGCUCGUGCUCGGCGCCGCGGACCUCGACCGCUGCGACGCCUUCGACCAGCCCGAGUACGUGCCCUUCGACCCGCGCACGAAGCGCACGGAGGCGACGCUCGUCGACAAGGGCUCCCAGGAGACCUUCAAGUGCAGCAAGGGCGCGCCGCACGUCAUCCUCGCGCUCGCCGAGCCGCCGGCCGCGGUCAGGGCGGCCGUCGAGGCCGAGAUCGAGACGCUCAGCGCGCGCGGCGUGCGGUCCCUCGCCGUCGCGCGCACGAAGCCCGGCGACGCGUCGCGGUGGGACCUGCUGGGCAUCCUCACGUUCCUCGACCCGCCGCGGCCGGACACGGCGGCUACCAUCGCGCGCGCGGAGCAGCUCGGCGUCGGCGUGAAGAUGAUCACGGGCGACCACAAGGCCAUCGCCGUCGACAUGGCGAAGCAGCUCAAGAUGGGCUGCCGCAUCGAGGGCGCGGAGGGGCUGCCCGAGUUCGACGUCGAGAGUGGCGAGAUCCCCCAGGAUCUCGGGGACCGGUACGGCGCCAUGAUCGAGGCCGCCGACGGCUUCGCGGGCGUCUUCCCGGAGCACAAGUUCCUGAUUGUCGAGGCGCUGCAGCAGCGCGGCUACAUGGUCGGCAUGACGGGCGACGGCGUCAACGACGCGCCCGCGCUCAAGAAGGCCGGCGUCGGCAUCGCCGUGUCCGGCUCGACGGACGCGGCGCGCGCGGCGUCGGACAUCGUGCUCACGAACGACGGCCUGUCGACGAUCGUCGACGCCAUCGUCAUCUCGCGGACCAUCUUCCAGCGCAUGAAGAACUACGUCGUCUACCGCGUCGCGUGCACGACGCAGCUCCUCCUCUUCUUCUUCAUCACGGUCUGCUUCGUCCACCCGACGGGCUACGGCGGCUGGGACGACGACACCCUCGACGACGAGGCCCAGCCGCCCAAGGUCUUCAAGCUGCCGGUCGUGGUCCUCGUGCUCAUCACGAUCCUCAACGACGGCACGAUCAUCUCCAUCGCCUACGACGCGGUGAAGCCGUCCAAGUUCCCGGAGAAGUGGCGCAUGCCCCAGACCUUCGCCAUCGCCUUCAUUUUAGGCGGCGUCGCCUGCGUGUCGUCGCUGCUCCUGCUGCACGUCAUGCUCGACUCGCGGUCCGACGGCUCGGUCUGGCGGGGCUUCGGCCUGCCGGCGCUGUCCUACGGCCAGCUCAUGUGCGCCAUGUACCUGAAGAUCUCCGUGUCCGACUUCCUCACGGUCUUCUCCGCGCGCACGCGCGGGCCCUUCUGGUCGCGCGCGCCGGGCACGUUCCUCUUCGCCGCCGCGUUCGUCGCGACGUUCCUGUCCACGGUCAUCUCGCUGGCCUGGCCCAAGAAGUCCGACGGCAUGGAGCCCAUCGGCGCCGAGGUCGUCGUCGCCGUCUGGGCCUUCGACGUCGCCUUCUUCCUCCUCCAGGACCUGUCGAAGGUCCUCUUCAUCAAGGCGAUCAACUCGUACACGGGCGAGAACGAGGACGACCACAAGAUCGACGACGGCGAGGAGCCGCCGGAGUCCAUCGUCGCCGCCUACCGCCGGGCGAAGCACAAGAUCUGGAAGACGAAGGGCGCCGACCAGACGCACUACCAGAACCUCUCCAUCCAGGACGACUUCGCCGACACCGUCUAG